CCUUCGGGACAGGAGAGCUCACCGCUCCACAGAACCCAUCCAGCAGCAGCUCCUUGUCCAGCGAUGAACGGCAAACUCGUGGCUGUCCUGGCUUUCUGCCUGAUCUCCGUGGCUGUGUCUCAGGGUAGGACCCUGGCCAGGAUGGGAACCGAGCUCCGUUGCCAGUGCAUAGCCACUCACUCCAAGUUCAUCCCUCCUAAGUCCAUUCAAGAUGUGAAGCUGACACAGAGCGGCCCCCACUGCAAGAACGUGGAAGUCAUAGCUACUCUGAAGGAUGGCAGAGAGGUGUGCUUGGAGCCCACUGCUCCCUGGGUGCAGAUAAUCAUAAAGGCAAUUUUGGCCAAGGCUCAGCUCAACUCUGACUCUCCACUCUGAGAAACAUCAGGACCAACAAAUCUGGGAACUGCCCCCACUCCUCCCUUGAGAGAAGCGUUUGGGAAAAGCAGCUUUUGAAGAGGGUGCAUCUGCCACCUCCUCCAUCAGUGUUACUCUCUUUGCUGCGGAUUUGGUUAUUGAUAGAUUGCUUGAUUGAUUUCACUGCCUCUAUUUAAGAAAGCCUUUUGGAAUGGGCAGUGUUGCCUGCUCAUUGGCACUGAAGAUGCUUGAAUAGGAAGCGUGGUUUGAUAAAGGAAAUGAAGGACCCCUGGCGACCACUUCAGCCAAACACAGCUGGAGAAGUGCAUGGCACUCGCAGCACAGCUCCCUUACACUAUUUUGCUAAAACACCAGCAAACUGAUAUUUCCUCCUGCUCCCCUGGAGCGCACCAGUAUGUUGUGUCAACAGCAGGUUCCUGAACCACAGCCAGCCUUGUGCUGGGAGCUGGGAUUUCUCACUUGGAACAUCUGUCUUAUGGAAUCUGUAAGACAGUUGGUUUGGUAUUUAUUUAUUGUGAUUUCCAUGGUAUUUAUAAAUGUAUUUAUUGUGCGGGUUUGAUACAACAGAGAAAAUGAUGAUAAUUUAUUUAACUUCUGCUGGAUUCCCCAUUCCUAUUAUUAAUUUAUUAAGAACUAUUCACAGACUCAUCGCUCUGUACAAGGACUUGGUUGUAUGCUACAUUAGCUCCUUACUCAGCUAAACGGAAAAACCUCAAUCCUGUAUACACAGACUUUGCUUGUGAG